AUCUGAAAGUAACUAGUAACUGAAGCUGUCAAAUGUUGUGGAGUAAAACACACAAUAACACACAGUGAGUACAUGACCUCGUCCUUCCUCGGUGACGUCAUCCCUCUUUGCCAGAGGACGGUUCUCCGUGUUCAUGGGAGAAUGAUCCUCCGGGUUACCUCUGGAAGGCAGCACAGCCUGAUGGGCCCAAAUUAACAGGAGGAGGAGGAGAAGAAGAAGAAGAAGAAGUAGCAGAAGCUGCGGGAAGACAACCGUGACGGAGAAGUCGAAGAAGAGAAAGGAAAGCCCGAAAAAAAAAUUAGUUCUAAUAAAAGUCACAAGUAGUCAUGCGUGCGUGGUGUGACAGGAGGGAAGUUGCCUCAUAACAGGACUGCUGUGUGUGUGUGUGUGUGUGUGUGUGUGUGUGUGUGUGUGUGUGUGUGUGUGUGUGUGUGUCCGUCCUGCACUGUCUGCCCCUCGAACUGGAACCGAACUGUUAGAAAAGUCAACUUUGUUAUGAUGGAUCUGUCCGAGUGUUUCAUGGAUCCGUGUUGGACUCUCUCGUAGACUUUUUUUUUUUUUUUUUUUUUUUGCAGCUCAGCGCAACUUUAAAUGUGAGGUUUUGUGUUUUGUGAGGACGAGUCAGGAAAGUACAGCGCCAUGGCUGACAGAAGGAGUUUCAACGUUGUGAUUCUGGGUUUGGGCUUUCUGUUCAUUUUUACCGCCUUCACCACCUGUGGGAACAUUGAGCAAACUGUGGUGAAAAGCCUGCAGAAUGGUACUUUCAGUGGAAGUGGGUACAACAGUCUUGGCAUCAUCUAUGGAGUGUUUUCCUUCUCCAAUUUACUUGCGCCAACAGUCGUUACUGUAAUUGGACCAAAAAUGACCAUGUUUUUCAGUGGCCUACUUUACAGUGGCUACAUCGCUGUGUUCAUCGUCCCUUCAACAUGGGCCUUUUACCUCACCUCUGUGCUGAUCGGCAUCGGAGCAGCCAUGCUCUGGACAGCUCAAGGACACUUUCUGGUGGAAAACUCAGAGGCCUCCACCAUCAACAGGAACACGGGGGUGUUCUGGGCCCUCCUACAGUGCAGCAUGUUGUUUGGCAAUCUUUACAUUUACUUUGACUGGAAUGGACGAACAGAGAUAUCAGACGGCAGCAGGAAAAACAUUUUUCUGUCCCUGAUGGUCGCCUCCGUGCUCGGCACGCUCAGCUUCCUGGUGUUGAGAAAGAGCCAUCACGACGAGGAGAUGCUCUCCGAAGAGGAAGGCCAGUCGCUCCUCUCAACUCGGAUGAUGUACAAGCACAGAGCGAACACCGCCGUGCAGGAUGCCAAGUCAGAAUUCCAAACCAUCCUGCAACUUGUGAAGGAUAAAACUAUACUGCUCCUGAGUCCCUGCAUGGCGUACAGCGGCCUGGAGCUAUCGUUCUACAGCGGAGUGUAUGGGACGUGUAUCGGAGCGACUUCAGAGUUUGGAGAGGCAGCCAAAGGCUUGAUUGGGAUCUCUGGGAUCGUGGUAGGCAUUGGAGAAAUCGUGGGCGGAGGCUUGUUCGGACUCAUGUGUAAGAACAGUCGCUUCAGGCGGACCUCCGUGGUGUUCCUGGGCAUGGUCGUCCAUUUUGUCGCCUUCUACCUGAUCUUCCUCAACAUCCCGAAUGACGCCCCCGUCGUCUUUGACACCAACACCCUAAAGAAUCCAUAUCUAACGCCAAGUGUAUCCAUCGCCCUGCUGUGCAGCUUCCUGCUCGGACUCGGGGACAGCUGCUUCAACACGCAGCUCUACAGCAUUUUAGGCCAUGUUUAUGCUGAACAAAGCACGCCCGCUUUUGCCAUCUUCAAAUUCAUCCAGUCUAUUUUCGCAGCGGUGGCGUUCUUCUACAGCGGUUACCUCCUGCUGAUGUGGCAGCUCCUGCUGAUGGUCCUCCUGGGUUUCACUGGAACACUCUGCUUCUUCGUGGUGGAGAGGAUGCAGAACUUCUCCGCAGAUCUGCAGGAAUAUUAGAAAGGAAAACAUUUCUGUGUCAGCUUUGAUUGUUCUGUUAGACCGGAGAUGCGGUGGGAGAAAGUAAGGCCGUCAGAAAAAUACUAAACCCUGCGUCUCUCAUUUCACAAGGGUUUAUUUUGAAAAUCAGUUUUUAGUGUCAUGCACUGCCGGUCAUAGGAAAUGUGGAUAACAGUCACAUACAGAUUAAUGCCACAACUGAAACUGAGCUGCCUUAAUGCAACUUUUGAACAUUAUGAUAUAGUUCUCUGCACACAGAACACUAGACGCUGUUAAUCAUUAACAUUAUGGUCCUACUGCACUUUUGCACUGUUGGUCUUACCGUAGGGUUAUAAAAAUAGCCACUCGCCUUAUCUCUUACUUAUCUGCAUCGCUUCCAGCUCAGGUUUCGUCAUUAAAGACUGCUGUUGAAAAUAUUUCAUGUAUCUAAAUACUUGUCAGAGUAAUUGUGUUUGGUAUAUCUAGAAGAGAGAAAAUAAUGCAGCAUUGUUAUUGUCAUGUUUUAGAACUAACUAAUUAAUGCCUGACAAUCAUUGUUCUUAACCUUUUUAUUUUUUGUACAUUUUGCAUGACGUCAGUGUUUUUCCACAAUCCUGUGGAUCUUUGAUGAAUAAAUUUCUUCGCAUUUUGCA